UGGCAUCGCCGCUCUCAAAAGCUUUCAGCUAUCGGCGAAUUGUGAAUUGCGACUUAUUAAGCAAUUGCAUAUUCACUGCGCCGGUCAAGUUGAAUUGAGUUGGAUUGCCUUUAUCCGCACUAGUACGAAAUCAAGAGAGCCAAAAAUGCUGUCCAGGGUCUUUUGCAUGCGCCUGAACACCUAUGGUGUGGUCAUUGGAUGGCUGGGCGUGAUUUUCUCCUUCUUGGCCACGAUCCUUUUGUCCGUGUGCCUCGGAUUCGUGGAUGAAAUUGCGCAGCAGAUCGCCAAAGAUUCCACAAAUUCCGACAUGACCGUCACCGAGAUUCGCAGUAUGCUAAUCGGAACUUUCAGUGUUUACCUGGCGCUCAAGUUGAUUAAUCUUCUGGCCUCUGCCAUGUUGGUUGCUGGUACCGUUAAGGAACGUCAUCUGCUGCUGCUGCCCUGGCUGAUCAACAAUGGAAUCCUGCUUGGCUUUGGAAUUAUCAUUAAUAUUGCAGUAUUUGCCAGUGUCGCCGAAAGUAUGCCCUUCCCGAACGCCCUUCCACUCCUGUUUGUAAUUGUGGGCCUGCUCGUGCUGAGCUGGUAUCUUUACUACGGCAUCUACUCGCUCUUCAAGCAGAUCCAGGCAUCCAGUGCGAUCCAGCGCCCGCUGAUCCCGCCGCCAACCCAGCACACCAACUCCUAUCCCAGCUACACCAAGAUUUAAGCCGGAGUGCAGCUUCCGUUUUGGCGAGCUCUAAUCGCAUUAUGUAUUUUUCGAAUGUUUCCCAUGGGGCUUCCCAGACUAACACAAUAUUUUUCUAGCUAGUAACACCAAAACUAUAUACUACGUUGUAUUUCAAAGUUAUCAGAGAACGAAUAUCCGUGUAUACAUCCCAUAUAUUUACUCCAACGCGAAUGUGUCUAUACGUAUAUUCGAACGAUAUGGCCAAUACUCGAUAUUUCGAUUGGCUCAAACAAAUAUAUUUUUUAUAUACAUAA